UGGCGAGCGCCAGGGUCCAGCGUAUAAAAAAGUUUUCGGAGGGUCACGACCAUUCCCUUCUCUUUUCUUUCUUACGGGAAGAAGCGUACUAUCAAUUUUUACAGUCGGUUCAAGGCCAUAGCUUGCUCUAUCGACUCGUUCCGUCUUCGACCUCACCUGUUCUCCUCGUACCGCCAACAUGUCCGCCUCCGGUAGCAACACCAAGGUCCUCGACCACACCACGGCUCUCGACGUGCUGAACGAGUACAAGACCAAGGAUGGCCUCGACCUCCACGAGCUCAUGGACACGACCAAGCACGGCGGUCUGACCUACAAUGACUUCCUGCUGCUGCCCGGCUACAUCGGCUUUGCGGCCUCGGAGGUGACGCUUGAUGCCCCCAUCACAAAGCGCAUCACCCUCAAGACCCCCUUCGUCUCGUCGCCCAUGGACACUGUCACUGAGCACGAGAUGGCCAUCCACAUGGCUCUGCAGGGCGGUCUGGGAGUUAUCCACCACAACUGCUCCCCCGAGGCCCAGGCCGACAUGGUCCGCAAGGUCAAGCGAUACGAGAACGGGUUCAUCCUCGACCCCAUUGUCAUUGACCGCAACACCACCGUCGGCGAUGCGAAGCUUCUCAAGGAGAAGUGGGGUUUCGGCGGUUUCCCCGUCACAGAGGAUGGCAAGCUGGGCUCCAAGCUCCUGGGUAUCGUUACCAACCGAGACCUCCAGUUCGAGGAGGACCACGACCAGACCGUCGCCAAAGUCAUGGUUACCGACCUUGUCACUGCCGUCGACGGCGUCACCCUCGUCGAGGCCAACAAGAUUCUCGCCAAGUCGAAGAAGGGCAAGCUUCCCAUCGUUGACAAGGACUUCAACCUCGUCUCGAUGAUCUCCCGCUCCGACUUGACCAAGAACCAGCACUUCCCCUUCGCCUCCAAGCUCCCCGAUAGCAAACAGCUUCUCUGCGCCGCUGCCAUUGGCACCCGCCCCGAGGACAAGCUUCGCCUGAAGCAGCUGGUUGAUGCUGGUCUGGACAUUGUCAUCCUGGACAGCUCCCAGGGUAACAGCAUGUACCAGAUUGAGAUGAUCAAGUGGAUCAAGGCUGAGCUCCCUGGCCUCGAUGUCAUCGGCGGAAACGUCGUUACUCGAGAGCAGGCCGCCUCCCUGAUCGCCGCUGGCGUCGAUGGUCUCCGAAUUGGUAUGGGCAGUGGCUCUGCCUGCAUCACUCAGGAGGUCAUGGCUGUUGGCCGUCCCCAGGCCGCCGCUGUUUACAGCGUCAGCCGCUUCGCUGCUCGCUUCGGCGUUCCUUGCAUCGCCGACGGUGGUGUCCAGAACGUUGGCCACAUUGUCAAGGGUCUUGCCCUUGGCGCCUCCACCGUCAUGAUGGGUGGUCUCCUUGCUGGUACCACUGAGUCCCCCGGCACCUCCUUCGUCUCGCGUGAGGGCAAGCUGGUCAAGGCCUACCGAGGCAUGGGCAGCAUUGACGCCAUGCAGGACAAGAAGGCUGGUGGUGGUGGCAAGGACAGCCAAAAGAGCAACGCUGGUACCGCUCGUUACUUCUCUGAGGGUGACAGCGUCCUGGUGGCUCAGGGUGUCUCUGGUGCCGUCGCGCACCGAGGAUCAAUCAACAAGUUCCUCCCCUACCUUGCUGCUGGUCUCAAGCACUCUCUUCAGGACAGCGGCAUGCGCGGCCUGUUUGAGAUGCACGAGGAAGCCGAGGCGGGUAACCUGCGCUUCGAGCUCCGAACCGCCAGCGCCCAGCUGGAGGGCAACGUCAACAUGGAGUCUUAUGAGAAGAAGCUUUACGCUUAAUGAUUUAUAACGUAUUUGAAGAGACACGGAUGGACAAAAAACGAUGAUGAGGGGAUAUUGGGUUUUGCAUUAAGGAGUUGUUGGAAUGAUUGGGUAGAGCCUUGUGCAUUGGAUAUGGGUUACUGAGCACUACGGAAGAUGACUCGACAACCAUAGAUCUGAAUAGGCGUUUUGACGAACCACCACUAGAAGUGCGGUACGGCGUUUUUGAAAUUUACAGCCUAACGGGCAUGAUUGAAUCUA